GAAGCCACACGCCAGCACACUCCUCUGCAGUGGUCACAUGAAAGCCAAGGUGAGAGGAUACUGUAGCCUGUAGUCCAGCGGUGUGGUUUCUCAAGUCGUAUCCGACGCACAGGACUCUACACAGAGAAGUUGUAAUGUUUCUGACAUGAACAAGCUACACCGACGUAGGAGGGAUGAAUGCCGGCGUUGCUUUUCCCCCAUCGGUGCACCUGUGGAGUAAAAACCCCUCCAAGGCCUGCCUCAACCCCACAGACUCUGACGCUGCUGCAUGGAUCUUCCCUUCACUUCUCCCUGUUCAAAACACCCGCCGUCCUUCCUGUGAGAAAAUGUAUUCCUGUGAUCCUGACCCUUACCUGGACUCACAACACACAGAGGCCCAAAUAGACUUCUUCCACAAGCUGGGCUACUCCACGGCUCAGGUCCGGUCCAUUCGGCAGAAGUUUGGCCCCAACGUAGACACAGAUAAAAUUCUCGGACAGCUGGUACAGAUCGGGCCCAGUCAGGAAGCCAAACAGGGGCCGGUGACCACGAUGUCGGUGCUGCUGCCCAAAGGAGACGCCCAGCAGUUACAGGGUCCCGCCAUGCAACUGCCUGUUACUGCGGCGUCUACACAGAGCAGAGAGGAGAGCAGUGAGGAGGAAGACGCCCUGAGACCCAUCGUUAUAGAUGGUAGCAACGUGGCCAUGAGCCAUGGCAACAAGGAAGUAUUCUCGUGUCUGGGAAUCCAGUUGGCAGUGAACUACUUCUUGGACCGAGGCCACACUGAUGUCACUGUGUUUGUCCCCUCGUGGAGGAAAGAACAGCCUCGGCCAGAUGUUCCCAUCACAGAUCAGCACAUUCUGCGUGACCUGGAGAGGAGGAAGAUCCUGGUGUUCACGCCGUCCAGGCGUGUCGCGGGCAAACGAGUGGUCUGCAAUGACGACUGCUUCAUUGUCAAGCAUGGCUACGAGUCUGACGGCAUCAUCGUGUCCAACGACAUGUACCGCGACCUUCAGGGAGAGAAGCCCAAGUGGAAGCGCUUCAUCGAGGAGAGGCUGCUGAUGUACUCCUUCGUUAACAAUAAGUUCAUGCCACCUGAUGAUCCUCUUGGCCGACAUGGUCCGACUCUGGAGAACUUCCUGCGGAAGUUUCCGAAGACUCCGAAAAAACAUCUGUGCCCUUAUGGAAAGAAAUGCACUUAUGGAAUCAAAUGUAAAUUCCACCAUCCUGAGCGAGCCAAACAGUCCAAUCGCUUGGUUGCCGAUGAGCUUCGGGAGAAUGCUAAGCAUCCCCCAGCCGCUCAGAAACAACCCUCCACGUGCUCCAGUCCUGUGCCUGGACAGAGCCUCCUGCUGGUCGAGGACAUGGCCAAGAAACUCACUCUGGGACACGAGAGCAGCUCAGUAAAGAAAGAACAUAAAAAUGAACAGGGGAAGACGAGCCAUCGCUCGAGCAAGAAAGUCACAUCCAAGAAGGAGAAGUCCAGCCAACGCUCCACUCCCUCUGAGCAUGACUCAGUGCGGCAAAGUGAAUCUCAUGAGCAGCUUGACUCUGGUUUAGGCUCCAUAGACAGUCAGCAAAUGGAGGCUCCCUGGAGUCAGUGUGAUUACCAGUAUGGGCCGAAAUACAGGAACUGCCAGCAUGUAUGCAAUGUACGACAGCAGUGCUGCCCUCCAAGAAGUGCGCCAUGUAGCUGCUGCUCUUAUGGUCCUCCCUCUUUGGGGAUUGCACCAGAUUUCCAGCACCACCCCCAACAUCACAAAAUGGGGCCCCUGAGCAGCCACAGCCCUGACGUAAUACCCCACAAUCUGCCCCAUUACCAUGGCUACGGCGCGUACCCGGUCAGUGUACCUGCUGCAUACAGUCAGCCAGCCGAUUUCCAGCACACCAGAGUCCACAAACACCAGCAGCAGACGUACUGGUCCGAUCCCUUCGGUGGUCACCAUCCCGUGGUACACGGCCUGCCGGGAAAGCACUUACCGCGGGAGCUUCUGCAACCGGGCCCCAGUAGAGAGGAGAGGGAGGUCGUCCGGAAAAAGCUCCUGGCCAUCUUCAGUGUCCACCUGGUGCACAUGGCCAUGGACAUGUUCCCACAGGUGAUGGAUCCACAGGUGCUUGUCGCCGAGAUCCUCAUGCUGCAGAGUAAAAACCCGUCACUCAGGUGAUCUGAGUCCAGCCUGCAGCCAUUUCCUUCAGGGGAAGGAAGAGACUUGAGGCUGCAAGAAACCGUGAUAAACAUGAGUUUGUGUCAUUUUGUAUUGUGGUAUCCACCUUUUUAUUAUAAACUGUUACUGCAGUUGAUACAAAUUGUAUCUUUAUUUAAAUAAGAAAAAAAAAAAAAAGUUCAUUUCAGUGCCACUUAAUGGGUUUUAAAGAGGUAACAUUCUAACACUCAGGUACACUCAGUGUCCACUUUAUAAUAUACAUCUGCACAGUUGAUUUGAAAUACAACUCCUACCUUAACAUUUAGGCCAGGUAUUUUUUUAAAGUGUGUUUCUAUGAGGUACUGACUGGUUUUCGCCACUCACUUCUUGCACCAAAGUCCAUGUGGAAAAUCAUUGACUUUACAUCAUUGCACACUGGAGUUGUUGAUCUACUGCUGCGUCCAUCAGGAAGUUCAAAUGUGUCAUUUUUCUUGGUUUUGGUGUUUGAAAUCCUUUGGAUUCAUCCAAGUGACACAAUCUUACCAAAUGAGGCAGCAGAAGACCAGCAGCUCCCAUGAACUUAAAAAGCUGAUUUUCUCUAUGUUGACGUUGGUGCAGGAUCAUGAGUGCUUUAGAAACUUCAGUUCCCACUGGGAGAAGGCGGCCUGCGGGCGAAAUAAAGCAGAAUACUAUUAGUAUUCUAUCUUUUACUCGUAUAUAGCUGAGCUAACGCUUCUCCAACGGUGGCAACAGAAACAUUUGAUCUUUGUAGUAGACGACAGUAUAGCAGGGCCUGAGCUGGUCACUGAGUGUACACGCUGGCAUGGAUGAGAUGAAUGAAAUAUGUGUCAUAUUGGCACAGUGCAACAUUUAUGCUCUCACCACUAACUACAGCUAAGGGUUUAGCAGUAAUUAACUUGUACCAACCACUCAGUUGUGGUUUUAUGAUUGCAUUUUAAUGCCAUGACAUUUUUAAGCCCAAUUAACAAUGACGGCAGUGAGUCAUUUUAACCUCACUGAUAAUGAGUUUUGAAAUUGAAAUUUGCUCUCCUAAUGCUGCAUAUUCCCAGUUCAGUGUAUUUAAUUUAACGUUUUUUGCACUUGUUAUCACAACAGUUUGUCGAUACUGCUCAGCCUCUGACCACAUUUUGUACAUGCUGUACAUACUUACACAGAGUUAACACAGCGUCCGACUGUGACAAACCGUAAAUCAUGAGAUUUACGCUGCUUACAGGCUCUGCACGCAGACGUUUGACAAGAAUGUACCUGUGUAUAAUGUAAACUCACUCUUCAAAUGAGGGCAAACUGAGUUACGGACCCUGGACGUUACACACGUAAUUUUGUUUUUAUUAGCAACAGUUAUUGAUGUCACUGUUAUAGAAUAAAAAUAAAGUUGUGUACAUAUCAACA